AUGAGUAGGACAGCACCACGGCGCCUCCUGGCUCAAUCGCCCCUGGGGCUGUUCCCAGAGUUGACUCCGGCCUGUAUAACACCAGCACGCCGUCUACGGCCGUUUUCUCAUACCUGCCGGAGAAAAGCAGACGAAGACAAUAGCACAACUCUUCGCACCCAAGCUUCAGAACCGCAGAAACCAGCUGCACGAUACGCCACUCCAGCAGAUGACUUCGUCCGGCCCUCCGCAUCUGUGAACCCAAAAGCGAAGACGAAGGGCAUGGGGAAUGUUGCGAACAUGAUGAGUGGCUUUCUCAGGAAGUCAAGUUACGGACAGUCUGGUGGAGGCCUUUACAACACAAGCACUGCCUCUGAUGGUACCCUGAACCAAGCACAGGCUCCGCAGGAGUACGCCGAACCCCAUCACUUUCACAUCUACGCCACUCGACACAAUACUCAUAUCACGCUCACGAACCCGGCUCGGGCGCCUUUGCUAUCUGUCUCUGCGGGAAACAUUGGCUUUAGGAACAGUGCAAGGAAGCAUUAUGAUUCCGCAUUUCAGUUGGCGAGUUAUGUUAUGACGAGGAUGCAGGAUCGAGGGAUCAAUGCACAGAUUAAGCAGUUGGAGGUUGUAUUGAGAGGGUUCGGGGCCGGGAGGGAGGCUGUCACGAAGGCUUUGCUUGGGUUGGAAGGAGAGCAUUUGAGGCAUAAGAUUGUCAAGGUGGCGGAUGCAACAAGGUUGAAGUUCGGAGGGACGAGAAGUAAGAAGCCUAGACGUCUGGGCUAA